AGUCGUCGACGGUGAAUGACGAGGGAAGUAUCAUAUGAGAGCAGCGCGGCACAAACGAGCAACGAGAAUGCCGACAGAUGUGACCGGGGGCCCAGGACUCGCAGUAGUGGCAGGGGAUGUUCUUACCCUGCGAGGCACAGGACUUGCUGCUGCAGAAACGUGGGCUCUCCUCUGCCAAGCAGCCCAGGCCCUCCAGGAUCUUUUUCUUUCAAAUGGAGGUGUGGUGGGUGGUUCGAGAGCAGGACCAGUGGUGACUCCACAUACGCUGGAACUGACACUACGUGGUAGGGUUUUGCUGCAGCUCGCACCGCCGGAAACUGCUCGGGCAUACCUGCCACCAGAGUAUCGACCCGGCCGCGUAUAUUCGGACACGGAUUCGGAAAAAAUGUGGAUGUAUUCUUUAGGCAGGGCAUUAUUGGACACGACUCCCAGAGCAACGGCGUUGACGGGGACCGUUUCUGUUUCACCCUCUUCCGCUUUACAAUCAGUGUUGGCUGCCAUGACGGAGCCUGAUCCUCGCAGACGUGCCUCCUUGAUGAAUUUACUCGACGUAAUAUCCGAAUAUUGUCGGACACGUCUACAAGCAAGGCCCUUCACACACAUAGUAAUGGAGAUGUAUCGAGAGGUUGUGAGGUCGCCGCAAUACGCCGCACGGAAACGAGCAAUGCAGCUGAAUGCUCUGUGCCCGACACGGAAUAUGGUUGAGCAAUUGAACCAACAGAAAAUCUACGGGCAUCAUCAUCAUCCGCAACAACAGCAGCAAGACUACGUUCAAGUUGCGAAUGGUCAACCACCGUCUAUUCAACACCAGACUCGUGUCGGGCAAUAUUUACCGAAUCAAUUAGCUCUCCAGCAACGGCAACAGCAACAACACGAUCACAUUCAACGUCAGGCUAAUCAAUUUCGCUCGCUUCACCAACAACAGGAUUAUGUACAACAGCCACUAAAGGGUCAGCAGGAUCAUCGUAGUUAUCAUUAUAAUCAUCAACACGCGAAAGGAACGCAUUUCAGGGCACAAUCGCGCAAUUCCCAAUCGCAUCCCAAUUUGACGAGCUUAUGCGACUCGCAACAGCAGCAGCAGGAACAACGGCAGCAACAACAGCAACAACAACCACAACCAUAUAGGGAUACUGCCCUUAGCGCCUACAGAACGCACUUUCAAUCGCAGCUGGAUAUCCAAAGCGGCAGCCGAUCGAUAGGACCAGCGACGACACGUCGGAUGCAUCAUCACUCGAGGACGUACUCGCAGCCGGUUUACACGCGACUUCAACAUACCAGGAGUAGUGGCAAUCUACCAACGACGACGAGCGCGAUGGUCGACGGUAAUCCCGACGGGAAUGUUUACAACGACCCGAUAUAUGCUCUGCCAGUUAAGCCCUUCCUGAGCUCCCAGGAUGUGCGAGUCAAUGGAUUGUCUGCGAAAUCUCCCGCGAUCUGUCACGGCGACGAGGUUUAUGGUAGAUCGUCAUCGAUAAACAGGCAUCCUUCAAAUACCGGUCAUUCUCAACCUGAUAUAACUUCCCAACCAAAUGAACGUCUUCACGAAGAUAUAUACGGACGAACGCCUUCGGGAAGAGUGCUCUUGCAAAGGCAACACUCGAAUCCGCAGCUGCCAAACAGGAUGCAAACUGACGAAGAUUUUAAGCGACUGUCACAGCCGAGCGUAGCAACGACCGAAUCUCGAUGUGUCGAUAUUACGCAAAAAGGACAAACGAUACGGCAACAAAGUUCAGCAACCACUAUGAGACUGAGAGGACUGCAAGGACCCCCAAAACCACCUCGAAUUAUUACUACCUUAAGAAAAACCGCUCUCUCCGAUUCGGAAUGUAAUAGCCACACGGAACCGCCAGCAAAGCCUCCCAGAAUCAUGGUGAGGAACGGGCCAAGAGCUCGACGAGGAAAAGCAGUUCAAAGAGCACCGUCGCGCUUAUAUAGAACCGUAGGUGGGCCCACGAGGUGUUUCAACAAGGCGCAAUGUGUUGGUCCUGAGUUUGUAGUUCGUGCCAAUCAACCCCCAAAAACAUUAUGUGUGGGACAAGUCAAGGCGGGUAACUCUGGCCGGAUAGUUGUAAUAAUGCUAACAGGACAACGCGUGGAAGUCACUUGUGAUCCUCAAAAGGUCACUGCGGGGGAUUUAUUUCAGGCUAUUGUUCAAGCGGAAAGCCUCGAUGAAAACUUCACUCUAGGGUUGGCCGUACUACUGGCCGGGGAUUUCGCAAUGUUACCACCAGACACGAAAUUAAAUAAAGUCGCACCACCGGGAUGGUUAAGCAGCGGUAAAAGCAAAGGUUUACUGGGUCUACCGACUAGUUUCAUGCUGUACCUGCGACUUCGAUUCUUCCUACCAUCUCUUCGUGGCACCAGGAGUUGGAUAUCGAAGCAUUUGCUAUAUCUGCAAAUAAGGCGAUGUAUACUGGAACAGCAGCUGGUAUGCCCAUAUUCCGAAUUAAUCAAUUUGACAGGCCUCGCACUUCAAGCUGAAUUCGGGAAUUACAACGCCAACGAGCACGGCUGUGGAGAUUAUUUCCUCCUCGAGCACUACGUGCCGGAGUCUUUGAUAUUGAGCGCGGACCGGCAUCAAUCGCAGCCCUGCGUCGACGCCGAUACACUUCGGGCGCAGUUACACCGCGCUCACCGCGACCGCCGUGGCUUGGACUCGAACAAUGCCGAGGAGAUGUUCAUAACUCACGCGCAGUCCCUGCCGGAUUACGGUUCGCACUACUACAUUGCCACAGUAGACUCGAAGGAGUUAGAGAAACUGAUGAUGCGGCAGAGAAAGGGGAAGAGCACCGUGUCCGACAACCGCGAUGCCGUGUCGUCGCACGACGGUGCAGGAAACGCUUAUCGCAAGGAGAAAUCCGCCCGGGAUAUCUGUUCCACCUAUGGCAGGAUCGGGAACCCGCGGUUAAAUUCCCGCGAAAAUAUGCCGACGAUACCCUACUCGGACGAGCACGCGAAGAACGCGGAUUUAUGCCGCGAUGAAACGUGCAAUAGCAACAACAAAAGUAACAAUAAUAAUAUUAAUAGCGUUAACAGUAAUAACAGCAAAAAUAGUAAGAGCGGCAAGAAAAAGACGGAGAGCAACGUGUGGCUGGCGAUUCAUUCUCAAGGCUUGAAGUUGCUGGAACGAGGGGGCGAGCCAAGGGAAAGAACAGAAUUGGCCCAUUUUCAGUGGCGAGACGUGCAGACAUUGAGUUACAGCAAGAGCUGUCUGGUGGUAUACAGUAAGCUGAAUGGGAAACGCUGCAAGUUUAAACUGCGGAUGGAUCAUCGAAAAAGUUACUUCGCCUUCAAGCUCACGUCCCUGCAUCAUCAGUUCUUCCUCAGACUUCGUUCGGAGCUCACGUCGCUUCAAGGCCUCGCUAAAGAGUUUGGAGUACCCCUGACGGAAAUAAAAUCUACACCAUUGAAACCCAAGAGCAUCGAUAGUAAAACUAAGAUAACAAUCGCGAGCGCGGUUAAAGUACAGCAAAGAAUAAGUUAUCCGAUGCAAUUAGAGGAAUACCAAAAUAAGGAGAAUGAAAAUCCACAGAAAGAUCCAAUUGUAGUGACGACAACGAAGGACGCUGGUCGCGAACCAGCCUUUUAUUCAUCCGAAGAGGAUGCUCUUUACGCACAAGUAAACGUGCGAUUAGAACCAGAAGGUCAAUCGCGAGACACAGAGGAUGAAUCGGAAAGAGGCUUAACGACGCCGCACAAGAUCUUGUUAGAACCUAAAGAAACAAAACCGGAGCAUGACAAACUCUACGGCUGUCCCGGUCUAGACGAGGCUGAAAUCGAAUGUACAUAUUCACUCCCAAAAGUUAUGUCAAACAACAUUAACCAACUAGAUAAACCUAAUAAUCCUGAAGAACUAUACGCCGCUAUUAAUAAAGUUCGACUAUCGGGAAAGAACGAGUUCCCUGUUCCGGAUGAAGUUUGGAAUGUAUCAGACAUUAAAAAGACAUUGCAAAAGAUGAAAGCAUCUAGCUUACCGAAUUACGGUGCACCGAAGCAGUCGAGUGGUCUUCGUACACCUAGCUUGCCGCGUCGAUUGGGUGUGAAAAUGGGAACGCGAGCGAUUUAUAGCAGUUUAGUUCAGAAAGAUACCGCGCUUACCGACGAUACGGAAUCAUUGUCUCUAAAGUCCGACACCGAAUCGUCUAUUCAAUCACUAUCUGCACGAUCUACCGAAUCACCCAUGCCAGAAGCAUACGUGUUGAAUGCUGAUGUACGAACCAAUGACGAAACGUUCCGAAUUCCUGACGAUGAAUCGAUGUCUGCAUCUUUAAUGGCUCGUUUAGAAGAGCUGUCGUUCGCCGAAGAACGAAUUUUACAUACGAUCAAAUUGGAACGCGGCCACGGUGGUAGUAUAGGUUUGCAAGUAAUGGAGGGUAAUGACGGUGGCGUUUAUGUUCAGGCAGUUUCCGUUGGCGGAUCAGCCGAUAUGGCCGGAAACGUAAACAAAGGUGACCGGAUUGUAGCAAUAAACGGACAGAAUCUGUUGAAUCUUCGCUAUGAAGAUGCUCUGAAGAUGCUGCAGAGCUCGUCUGAAACGAUCGAGUUGGUUCUUUCGCAGCCUGCUAUUCGAAAAAGCUUGGAAUCGAGAAACGACCAAGACCAGGGCUCUGUAGAGAACAAUUACUUACAUGAUAUCAAAUUUGACGUGUCAUCGGAAGCGGAAACGUCUAGCAUGAUGAACAAGUGGAUCGUUCAAAAAACCACGGAUGUAGCGUCGGUACAGAAUACUUCAAGCGCAUAUAGUAGUGCCGCAUCUAGCGCUAUGGGCAAUCACAAUAAUACCAACAGCCUGUACAUGACUGAUCUCGUUGACAAUAACGCAUUAAAAUCUGCCAAUAACGGAAAUUCGACCAAACCACCUGUGCCACCGCGGCGAACGAAACGCAAAAUCAAGAUUGCGCCGAUCGAAUCGUCGGUGGCGAACAACGGUGCAACAGAAACCACGAACGACAUCGCGAUAUCUCAGCAAAAACGUCCGCCGCCGCAGCCGCCGCUUUUACUGGAAAAAUGUCGACGAAACAAUUGUGGAUAUGUCAAAACCCGCCAGCCGCAAUGCGACACUUCGGCAAACUGUCCAAGAGUCGAUACCAAGCAACAUCAUCGCGAGAAUCGCGUCGCUGCGUCGAGGAUGAUCGAAGUAAAGCAUCGCGACAAUACGACAUCCAUAGAAGACAACUCGACAUCGAGCAACAGCGCAAACAAUCAUCCAAUUCCAAAGUCAAUCGUAUCGAAAUCAUCUUCUCACAACGUCGUGUUACCUAAAAUCGACAAAUAUCCACCACUCUUUUUCACUCUGCACGAUUUCGAGAAUGUAGUGUCCGAUACAUGGAACAGAAACGAAUCCGUGGGUCCUAGGAACUCGCAAAAUUUACACGAGAAAGAAUCGACGAAAGCGCACAUAUUGGAUGAUGGCGAUGACGUUUGUUUUCGUGUGACAACGACGAGUCUUCCGUUCGAAAAGUGUCUAGGCAAAUGGAGGGAUCCUUUUGAUGAUGACUUCUCUCGGAAGUUUGACGAUUACCGAUUCGAAGAUAGCACGAACGAAAACGAUAAGGGAGCAAAUGAUAAGAGAUCAUUUGAUUAUAAUAAUGUUUUCGAUAAUAAUGACGAAUCGAAGUAUCACGUAGGCACGAAGGUACGAUUCAUGAUCGAAUCGCCAGGUUCUUCCCGGUCCAAACGCGACUCUAAUGUAAAAAUUAGUGUGCCAUGUAACAGUUUGCGGAGCCACGAAUCCAUUCUCAACAAUGAACAAACCGGUGAACGAAGCACCGUUUCUUCCGUGAAACUGACUGAGAUCCGAGAGGAAUUCGCGGACGUAAAAGAUUGCUGCGACAAUGCACGAGAUAAAUCAUACACGUCGAGUGUCGACAAAAGAAAUUCCGCGACGGGAGAAGACGAUCCUUUUAUAAUGCAGGUAAACGAAGUUGACGUGAAAUUAAAGGAGAUUCCACAAAUGUAUUGUAACGAUAGAAAUAAUGACGUUAAUUGCGAGAAAAUUCGAGAGAAAGAUUCCGAUUUGAUACCGCGGAACGUGCAGGCCAGCGAUGAGAUUCUCAAAACCAAGAAGAAAAAUAUAAUAACGGGAAAAAUUAUUACAAGUGACGUAAAACAAGUGGAUCAAAGUAAUACUUCUUCAGGAAUCGUGGAAAACGUUCGUUUUAUAGAUAACAGUUUAGAAACAGCUUGCAGAAUUGAAAAAGAGACAAAAAUAACACACCGAGAAGAGGAAAUGCUUUCGAAAAAAAGUAGCGAUGACAUCAAAGAGAAGUGUGUUGCCAAGAAUGAAAAAUUCUUAUCCAAUGAGUCAUUCCAAAACGAAUGUAAUGAUAAUGGUGGAUCGAACAGGAACAUUUCCACUGAUAAUCUUAUAAACAAGUCAGAUAAAAUUGAACAAACUCGACUACUUCAAAAGAAUAAGAAAAAAAAUAAUUCUUCCGAGGAUUCCAAGAAUAAUCAUGAUAUUUUCGCGAAGAAUGUUCCCGUGAAAGUUAAGCAAAAUUCUUUUUUGGAAACUAUGCUAUCUAAUGAUUCAACAAAUAUCUCGAUGAAUUGUGCCAUAAUUUCUGUAACUUCAAACAUUGAUAAAGAAUUAAGCACUAAUAAAACAUCAAAUAAAAUUCGGAAAUUAGAUGUAGAUUUUAUGACAGAAAGUGAACGUUCGCGUGAUUUAAGUAAUACGACAGAAAUAAAUACAAAGAAACAAACAAUUUUGAACAAUUCUAAGGAAAUAAAAGAAAAAAUCGUCAAGACUUCGAACAUAAAAUCAACACAAUCAGAGAAUAAAAGUGCCAGUGACGUAAAGAAUGACGUGCUGAAUGAACUUCUCUGCAAUUUUAAUAACAUAAAAUUAAAAAUAGUGAGUCCCGAGAAUAAAAAAUUUGCAACAAAGAUAGGUGAAAAGAUACCAUGUCCGAUUGCGAUUGAUAGAAAAAUUUCCAAAGAAAAGGAGAACGCGUCUAAAUCUUUGGAAAAAUCUCGAAACGAGGUUUGCAGCGUUCUUCUAAAUACCAAAAUUACUAAUGUAGAUAAUGAUAUAAAGAUCGUUGAGAAAAUUAUAAAGGAAGAAAAUAGCAUGAAAAUAAACAUUAGAAAAAAGCCUCAAAAUCUCAAGAACGACACUCCAACGAUCAGUGAGAAAAUUAUAAAAAAUGAAAAUAUUGAGAUUAAAAAUUCUAACAAAUCCUGCGACAUCAAAAGUGAAGUUGCAAAAGAUAACGCCAAAAUGAUGAUCGGCAAAAAUUCAUCGGAUAUUAAAUUAGAAGAAGAGAUCAAUGUAAAGAUGAAAAUUAGGCAAACCUCCGAAGACAUAAAAAAUGCGAUCGAGAUUACCAAUCGAGAGCUUAAAAAAUCACGUGAUAUUCGUGUUCUCAAGACAAUACUUAAGAAAACUAAUAUUGAGUGCGGGCGGCAAAAAGAGAACGAAUCCCAAAAGAGAAUUUCCAUCGGGGCACCUGCGACAAUGAACAAGAUUUUCGACAGUAGAGAAUUGAAGGCGAUCGCAGAUGCAUCGUGCAAGAAUAGCCUGGAAAACGGCAGAAAGCACGAAAGAGCUUCGAGGGAGAUUCAUACUCGCAGCGAAGAAAAGACUGAUGAAGUAAUCGCGAAUGAUGAGACCGAUGAUGAUCGAAGCAGGAUCACGAAUCGGUCGGCAUUAGUAUUAGUAGAGGAUACAAUGAAUAGCGGCGAUAAGUGUGCCAUAGCUAGGAAAACUAUUUCCGUAAACCCUUAUAAUAAUAAUGACAAUAACAGGGCCGUAACACCCGUAGCUAACAUAAGUAACGACCAAUCGUUUCGCGACAUUGUAACGAUAACCCCGGGUAAAGUUAGGAGUUUCGUUAAGUAUUACGAGAUUCGGUGCGACGCGACGACCGUCGAGAAACAUUCUAAAAUUAACGAUAGGGAGAAAGUAGCUAGGCGUAAGUUCAUGAAGAGCCAAGCGGUGCCCCUCGCCACGAAGAAUUCGCAGCGGCCGAAAGGUGUAAUAAUGAAGAAAAAGGAAACGAAAGGUGGAGGCAAGAGUGUUAAAUCAAACGAUUGCGACCUUCCCGAAACGUCCAACAAAACUCAACCUUCGACGUUUGUUCCGAGGGUCCCGGAAAAUCCUUUCCACAAUUCAACCCUUAAAACGAUAAAAAUAGGAUCGAAGAUGGAGAAGUAUGAAAAGAGCGGCUCGCAUAUGUCCGAUAAAGAGACACGUGCGCCGUUCACUAAGACCGCGAAAAAGUCGGUACAGUUCCUGGGCGGCUUCACCGUAAUUCACUCAGAAACUUUUGGUAAAGACGAAUCCGCGGGAAUUACAGACUCCGAUACAAAUGCGUUGAAAAAGAGGAAAGCCCCUGGAAUACCGUCCUCGCAGGAUUCCAAUAAUCAGAAACUUGUUCGCGAAAUCGCAAAAUCAGAGAAACCGCUAAACGUCGGAAAAGGUACCCUCCGACCACGAGAAGCCGUAACUCAGAUACACGUAACAGAUCACGUGCAGAAUUCAGGUAUUAACCGCUUCGUUUUAAAACCAGAAACCCCACAGCUCGUAAUUUACUGUACUAUAUAGAUAACACACGUAGCCUUUACGAGUCGUCGUUGCUCCGAGUCUCAAAGAAGUUAUAUCGCGUGAAUCCUUGCGUAAGCAUUUUGAUUUUCGCUACCAACCGAAGAAUAGAUUUUACAACGCUGCACAAUGCCUGCUAAAAAGUAAUUUCUGCCUGUUAAUGUACACCGCGUGUACAUAAGCUCUGCGUUUCCUAUAGAUUUAAAUUUUAUCUCGAAGAGAUAAAGUCCGAUUUUUUAUUUACGCAAAAUGUUA